AUGGGGUUUCUAUCUACGGGCUCAGUCAGGCUGGAGGAGCACUUAUGGUUCAGAUGCAUUACUCCCGUCGUUGUUUUAGGGCUAUUGACGAAUGCCACAUGGUCGUUUUGUCAUCAGCUAUGUUAUAAUGCCAUCUACCGCAAGUUUGGCCAGCGUUCUGUGGCAAUUGGCCUAAUGGUGGGUGAAGUUGUUUUGGUGCUAAUAUUGAUUGGCAUCUGGUUUCAGAUGGUCUUGAUAGGCCCCGGCAAGCAGCCAAAGCUAUUACCUUUCAAAAUCAUGCCUGAAGAUGAAAGUGACACAGACAGCGAGGCAAAAGAAAGUUCACAAGGUACGCAAAUGUCGACCAACCCACCCCGUAUCUAUCAAUGUGAUCCACAGGGCUAUCCAAUAUGGUGCACCGCCUGCCAAAGUAUCAAAGCGAAUCGCACGCAUCAUUCAUCGACAUUGGGCUACUGUAUUCCGAGAUUUGACCAUUAUUGCGUCUGGAUAGGUACAGUGGUUGGGAGGAAAAACUACCGUCUAUUUGUUCAGUUUGCUUUCUACUUCUGGGCGUUCGCCAUAUUCGUGAUAGUUUCCACGGCGAGCUUUUUACCCAAGAUAAUAAGAUCACAGCCUCACGUACCCCGCGUAAACCCGAAUAUACUUAUCAUGAUGGGGCUAUGCGGAAUGGCCACUUUAAUGGUUGGCCCUCUCUUUUUGGCGCACACUUAUUACAUGAUGGUUAAUCGCACCUCUUUGGAGAUCAUUGCUACAAAACGUCGGUCAAGGGCCACAAAUACAUGGCUCUGUUACUACAACGCUGUGGACGGGAUUCGCUACGUGUUUGAGUUCAAGGCGCUGGAAGCUCAGGACUUUUGGAACAAGCGGAACAUCUGGACUAAUCUCAAGGAGUUUUUGGGAGACAACUAUUUGAUGUGGUUUAUACCGUUCGGAACUAAUAUUAAAUACUCUCAUCCCCACUCUUCAGACGUUGCCGAGGUUCUAGGCCCAUACCAGGAAAAAUGCGGAGAACGCUUGCGGGAUGAACUCCAGCAUAGGAUCGAAGCUGGUAAUUAUGUAGCUGCUUUCAAAGCAUUCGGAGAUAGAAGUAUGGGUGAAAACUAA